AUGUCGGAGGGGCCGCCCUACGGCGAGGGGCAGCUGGCGGGGGACGCGGCCGUGGGGCAGCUGCCCUUCCCCGUUCGCCUCCGCGGCGGAGAUGGGCUCCUGGCCGGAGGGCAGGGCAAGCGGCCGCCCAAGCUGGGGCAGAUCGGCCGCAGCAAGAGAGUGGUUAUUGAAGACGACAGAAUUGACGAUGUGCUGCAAAACCUCUCCGAAAAGGCCCCUCCCGGUGUUUAAAGCCUCCCCGGGGACGCUGAGCUGAAGGCCGGGGUGGGGUUCGGUUUACAAUGGCACAGGUGAUCGGCAAAAAAUAAAUCCCCCCCCAAAAACACCGCAGCGACCAGCCGAGCUCCGGGAACGCCGUCCAGCCGCAGUCCCACGGCACCGCAGCCCUGCCCUCCGGAGCAGGAGGGGAGGGCGGCGAGCGAGCCACAGCCC